AUGGAGCUUUUCUUUGGAGAUGAGUUGUACUGUCUAAGUGAGGAAGAACGGUUAUUACUCCAAGACAAAUCCGCUUUCAUCCUUUCCCAUUUUUCUAAACGGAAGCGUUUAAUAAUGAAUAAGAAAAUCCUGAACGGAGGGGUGGAAAAAGUAAUCAGAGCGGAAAAAAUGGUGAACGCUGCUCUGGGCCUCCCGAUGACAACCGUCGGUCUUUUAAAGCUGCCUGUUUCAAAGUCGAGCAUGGAGACGUACAAAAGUUAUUCUAUUAGGCACUACACGCUGAGGAAACAUUUCAUGAUAAAUGCGUCUUGCACGAGUUUCCAUGAGAUAACAGGACUGCCUAUCUGCGAUUUCACUAUUAUCUAUGUCAUAGUCAAUGUCAUAGUCAAUGUCAUAGUCAAUGUCAUAGUCAAUGCCAUAGUCAAUGCCAUAGUCAAUGUCAUAGUCAAUGUCAUAGUCAAUGUCAUAGUCAAUGUCAUAGUCAAUGUCAUAGUCAAUGUCAUAGUCAAUGUCAUAGUCAAUGUCAUAGUCAAUGUCAUAGUCAAUGUCAUAGUCAAUGUCAUAGUCAAUGUCAUAGUCAAUGUCAUAGUCAAUGUCAUAGUCAAUGUCAUAGUCAAUGUCAUAGUCAAUGUCAUAGUCAAUGUCAUAGUCAAUGUCAUAGUCAAUGUCAUAGUCAAUGUCAUAGUCAAUGUCAUAGUCAAUGUCAUAGUCAAUGUCAUAGUCAAUGUCAUAGUCAAUGUCAUAGUCAAUGUCAUAGUCAAUGUCAUAGUCAAUGUCAUAGUCAAUGUCAUAGUCAAUGUCAUAGUCAAUGUCAUAGUCAAUGUCAUAGUCAAUGUCAUAGUCAAUGUCAUAGUCAAUGUCAUAGUCAAUGUCAUAGUCAAUGUCAUAGUCAAUGUCAUAGUCAAUGUCAUAGUCAAUGUCAUAGUCAAUGUCAUAGUCAAUGUCAUAGUCAAUGUCAUAGUCAAUGUCAUAGUCAAUGUCAUAGUCAAUGUCAUAGUCAAUGUCAUAGUCAAUGUCAUAGUCAAUGUCAUAGUCAAUGUCAUAGUCAAUGUCAUAACAACUCUAAAUAGGAUUCUCAGCAACUGCAAAAUUGUGUUCUUUGCAAGCACUACUAGUCAAAUUGAAGACACUGAGAUUUCUCAAAGAUGA